AGGGUCCAGGUAAAGCAGGCUGGAGGAUGGAUUGAUGGGGAGGUCGGGAUGUCACAGGUCCGAUCGCAGCGCCAGGGGGAGGGGACCGGCCAGGAGGGCUAGUAGGUGCUGCUGUUUGGUUGAUUAAGGGGGUCAGCGUGUGUAUGUGUCAUCGAGGUGGGCAGGGACGGGGAGGGCUGUGCGUGGGGGAGGAUAUAUAGGCUGGCGUGGCUGGUACGGCGGCACCGAGCCUCACAUCCAUCUGAGGGAGCCCAGCGACUGACAGCUCUCAGCAUCUGCUUCCUGCUCCUGCACCAUGAAAAUCCUGCUCUGUGACCUGCUGCUGCUCAGCGUCUUCUCCAGCGUGUUCAGCAGCUGCCAGAGGGACUGUCUCACCUGCCGGGAGCAGCUCCGCCCAGCCCUGGACAGCUUCAACCUGGAGCUGUGCACCCUGCAGUGUGAAGAGAAGGUCUUCCCCAGCCCUCGCUGGACUCCGUGCGCCAAGGCCACGGCCAGGGGCUCCUGGCAGCUCAGCCCUGCUGCCCCCGGCCACCAGGCGGCUGCCCUUCUCCAGCCCGGCGCCCCCGAGAUGCAGCAGCUGAAGCGGAUGCCCCGGGUCGGGGGCCCGCUCCCUGCACAGGACGAGACCGGGCCCGGCCCCGAGGAGGCCAGCGAGAUGGAGACCCAGCAGAAGCAGCUGCAGAAGAGGUUCGGGGGCUUCACUGGGGCCCGGAAGUCGGCCCGGAAGUUGGCCAACCAGAAGCGGUUCAGUGAGUUUAUGAGGCAGUACCUGGUCCUGAGCUUGCAGUCCAGCCAGCGCCGGCGCACCCUGCACCAGAAUGGCGUCCGGGUGACCCCCCAAACAGCAUGUGUCCAGCCCCAGACCUGCCGCCUGGGAAUCAGAAUUCCUUCCUCCCCGUGGCCCUGAGCGAGGCUCUGCCUCCGGAACCUCCCCCUCCCCACGGCAUGUUUCACCACGACCCUGUUGCUACAUCAGAGUGUAUUUUUGUAAUUCCUCCAGCUCACAUUUCAACGGCCCCAUCUUUCCUGCUCACCCGCCUCUCCCCUCUGCCAGGGGCGGGCGAAAAGGAAGAGGAAAGCAAGCCUGGGGUUUCGACGCGUCACUGCCAUCCCUCGUUUGUAAAAGAUGCUCUUCUUUCUGACUGAUUGUUUUGAACAACUAUUUCUCCAUUAAACUUCUACUGAGCACAUGGUUAAUAAACUGGUUUGCUGUUUUUAAGUGAAUCGACCGAGAAGCACAGAGGCCACCAACACGCAAACCAGAGCGGCAGCUCCCGGGAGGCAGAUGCAGAAAGCGUGUGGCUCUGCCUUGGAGAAAGUGAGAGGGGCAAGGUGCACCCGACUGCGUGGGGGGCGGGGUGGGGAUCUGAUCCAGGUGCAGCCGGUGGCGGGAACGGACAGGGCAGUGGUUCUCAAAACCUCUCUGUGUGCACCAGGUGGGCCCCAUCUCCAGUUUCUGACUUGGUAGAAAUUUGCCUUUUUAACAAACUCCAGGUGGCUGGGUGCGGUGGCUCAUGCCUGUAAUCCUAGCACUCUG